GCCAUGGCUGUAUCUGCAAAACUGUACCUAACCGUGUUCGCCCUCCUCCUCGUCGCCGGAGCAACCGCGCCGUACGGUGUGGAGGCGCAGGUCACGUGUGACACUGUGAACACCGACCUGGGCCCAUGUGGUUCCUAUGUGCUCAUCGGCAUUGGGCCGUCGUCCGACUGCUGCAACGGCCUGAAAUCGCUGCUGAGCGCCGCCUCCACCCAGACAGAUCGCCAGACCGUCUGCUCCUGUUUGAAGUCCCUUGCCUCCUCCGUCAACGACGCGCAACUCGCCCGCGCCGCUAGCAUUCCCGACAAGUGUGAUGCCACCAUUCCGUUCACCAUCAGUCGUGAUGUGGAUUGUUCUGCUGUCCAGUGAUUAUUUCACAGGAUUGCACACCCUCAAGUAGUGAUGAUAAGCUUUUCUGGUCAAUAGUUUCCAUGAUGUAAGAAUAAAAGUAGAACAAAAAUAAGACAUGUCUUAGCUUGCUAACAUGUCACUUCACUAGGUUCGAGGUACAAGGCAUUUGAAUAUCCUUCAUCUUAUGGAGUUACAUAGUAUUCUAUUCGAUCUCUCGAGGGUUCUUUACAAUUAAGUUUUCUUUUUCUAUUGUAUCUUGGUGGUUGAUAAAAAAUAAUUAUAAAAAUUUUUAUUUUGUA